CCACUCACAAACACCACCACCACUUCAUACCACCUUCUACACACAGCCAACGAAGGCACCUUACUCCCACUACACACAAUACAGACCACAAUCAUGGGUUUCGGCAAGAUCUACUCCUACGAGGGCAACCCGCGCACCACCGCCAUCCUCGCCGUCGCCAAGGCCAAUGGCCUCGACAUUGAGCUCGUGAACGAGAACCCUGCCGACGGCCUCAGUGCCGACUACCUCAAGAUCAACCCACUCGCCCAGAUCCCCACCUUCGAGGGCCAGGAUGGAUACAUUCUGACUGAGUCCGUGGCCAUUGCCAUCUACCUCACAUCCCAGAACGAGAAGACCACUCUCCUCGGCAAGACCAAGCAGGAUUACGCCUCUAUCCUCAAGUGGAUGUCCUUUGGCACCAGCCAGUUCCUCCCAGGUCUUGGUGCCUGGUUCCGCCCAUUGAUCGGCCGCGAGCCAUACAACAAGAAGAACAUUGACGAUGCUAUCGCGAAGACCAACAAGAACGUCGAUCUCCUCGAGAAGCACCUGACCGCCAACACCUACCUCGUCGCCGAGCGCCUCACAUUGGCCGACCUUUACGUCGCUGGUAUCGCUGCUCGCGGCUUCCAGUAUGUCUUCGACAAGGAGUGGCGCAACACACACCCUGCCACCGCUCGGUGGUACGACACCAUCGCCAACCAGGACAUCUGGACCGCUGUCGCCGGCAAGGUCGCCUACAUUGACAAGGCCAUCCCAAACACACCCCCAAAGAAGGAGGAGAAGCCAAAGGAGGCAAAGAAGCAGGCCGCAGCUAAGCCCAAGGCUGUCGCCGCCGGCAAUGAUGAGGAGGAGGAUGACGUUCCAGCUCAGCCAAAGGCCAAGCACCCUCUCGAGGCUCUGCCAAAGGCUACCUUUGUGCUUGACGACUGGAAGCGCAAAUACUCCAACGAGGAGACCCGCGAGGUCGCCCUCCCAUGGUUCUGGGAGAACUGCAAGUUUGACGAGUACAGCAUCUACCGCGUCGACUACAAGUACAACGACGAGCUCACCAUGACCUUCAUGACCUCCAACUUGAUCGGUGGAUUCUUCACCCGUCUCGAGGCCAGCCGCAAGUACCUCUUCGGUGCCGCCUCCGUCUAUGGCGUGACCAACGACAGCGUUGUUCGUGGCGCUUUCGUCGUUCGCGGCCAGGAGGCUCUCCCAGCGUUCGAUGUCGCUCCUGAUUUCGAGAGCUACGAGUUCACCAAGCUCGACCCCACCAAGAAGGAGGACCGCGAGUUUGUCGACGACAUGUGGGCGUGGGACAAGCCGAUUGAUGUCAGCGGCAAGUCUUACGAGUGGGCUGACGGCAAGGUCUUCAAGUAGAUGUACAGCAUCACUUGGAGAUGGGUUGUCGUCGAGCAGACGGGUUCGGCACGCUCUUCGUCUAUGCAUAGACAGAUGAUGAGAAUGAUGACGGCACGUUUGCACGAAUAAGAAAAAAGUUCAGACUCAUUUGCGAUCGGAAACUGUUGAUGAUUGCGAUUUUUGCGGAAAGUCAAAAGAUACCAUUCUCCG